GUGCGGCCUCCUGCCCUUAUGCUGCGGCAGAAUGCCAAGGAGUGUUUGCAAGAGCUUCCCGACACUGUGCAGAACCAGGUUGUUGCACGCGUGGACAUUUCGGAUGAGAGUGGAGAUGAGAAGGGCCAGGCUGCGGUUCCGGCGCCAGCCAAUAGGGAUGACAAGUGCUCGACUGAGCUUCCGAAGGCAGAGCCUGCGGAUGAGGUUGCCGGGGAUGCUCCGUUCCUGACCAGGAAGGAGCAAAUCGCAGCCAUUGAAGCCGAAAAGGAGAAGGACGACA